UCUUCAAACCAAAUCAUAUCUCAAAUGUAUUUAUACAUACUAUAUCUAGUUGACUCAAAGUGCUUUGGUGCCCUUGUCCUUGUGUUUGUCCUCACAUUUGCCUGGAGUUCACAUAAUAUUGUAAAUCCUCCUGGAUUUCACUUGUGCUUUAGCAUCUUUAUUACCUCCUUUGUUCAUUGUACAAAAAAGUCAAUAUAUGUUCAUUUGUGCAACACUAAAGUUUUGAUUACACCUUCAACAUUUUUUACUCAGACAAUUCAUAACUGGGCUUACAGUGUGUUUGUAGAAAUAUAAACAUUACAAUACUUUGCAUUCUGCAGGAAAUCUGGCCUACUGCCAAUGGCCGUACCCUGGCUAGUAGACUGUCCCAACCCCCCUAAAUCUCAAGACACAGUUCGUCCACCACCCCGAAAACGGGUCGCACUUGAAAUUGAGACAACAGACUCAGAGAUCCUGGAUAGUAAGUGAUUUAAUGGCAAAUGGUGGUAACAGAUACAUUCUGAGUGUUGAACACUGCAUAGGUAGUAGUCUGUGCAUAAGUCUGUUGUUACAGUUGUCACAUUUCUUUUUAGGCACUGAUGUACUGGCCAGUGUCAGCAAUGACAACACAGUGGAAAAACUGAAAAGAAAAAUUGGCUGCUACAAAUCAAAGCUGUCAAGGCUAAAGAAAAAGACACCAUCUAUCAGCAAACAAACAUUAAAGAGGGAAAUUUCCAAAGUAUUGCCAAAACAAGCCGCACAAUUUGUCAACGAGCAAAUUGAUAAUGCCAAAAAAAACCAAGGGCCAUUCGGUGGAGCAACUUCAUGAAAAGUUGGGCGUUACAGGUUAAGGGUACAGGGCCAAAAGCCUACCGAACCAUGAGGAGAAUUUUCAAGCUCCCUACAGCCAGGACCCUUUCAAAUAUCUUGCAGAGAGUAGACAUCGGGCCGGGAUGGCAUGAACCUGUGCUGUAUGCACUUAAACAUCAAGUGCAGCAUAUGGAAGAGCGAGAUAGGCACGUUGCCAUCACAUUUGAUGAAAUUACAUUGAAAUGUAGCCUAAAUUAUAACAUCUCGAAAGAUGAAGUAGAAGGGUAUGACGAAGGGGGAAGACCAGCCAACCAUGCAGGGGUUUUCAUGAUCCGUAGUCUAACUGGGAAAUGGAAACAACCCAUAGGGUACUUCUUGUCAUCUGGGACCAUGAAGCAUGGGGUCUUAAAAACCAAAAUCAUGGAGGCGGUGGAAAAGGUGCUUGACACUGGCUUCACUCCCAUGGUGCUGGUAAUGGACCAAGGCAGCAACAACCUGGCAGCCUGUAGAAACCUGGGUAUAACAGAAGAAAAACCGUACUUCUUUGUCAAAAGCCAGAAGAUUCAUUUUUUAUUCGACCCCCCCCAUUUAAUGAAAAACAUCAGAAACAAUUUGCGAAAAUAUGGAUUUUACAUAGGGGACAAAUUGGCAGAAUGGGGAGACAUCACUGAAAUGUUUAAAAUUGAUUCACAAAGACAACACCGAAUGGCACCCAAGUUAACCCAACGGCAUCUGUCCCUCACUGCCUUUUCAACAAUGAGUGUGCCUCUCGCCACUCAGGUUCUUAGUCAUUCUGUUGCGGCUGCACUGCUCACCAUGGCAGACAUGGGGAAGCUAAGAGAGGGGGCAAAAACGACGGCAGAUUUUGUAGCCCACUUUAACCAGAUGUUUGACUGCUUUAACAGUAGCACAUUGUCCAGCAGCACACCACAAAAGGAUGCCUUCAGAGAGACACAUAUUGAUUUUAUCAAUGAGAGUAUUAACUGUUAAAAUGUUCGCUGGCUGAUGAAAAUUUAUGAAACUGGCCGGGAGACUAAGGCUAAAAUUCCAAACAACGACUGGGAGGAGAUGUGUUAACUUCCAUUUUAUACUUACGAAUAAAAUAGUUAUACUCAACAUAGGCCUAAUAAUUUAACAUCAUAGACACUUAGCUGUCCAUGGAGAUAUGCUAACGUUAACGGCCGACACACAUCACCCACUGUCCAGAAAGAUCCAUGAAUACAACCAUAAUAUUAAAUCCAUUUGAUGACGAAUAUAAAGAUAAUGACGAACUUACUGCUAAGUGGAUAGUUACUUGUCAUAUUUAUGCAAUACAAAAACAUUAAGCCACUUGCCUUUUCAGGAAGAGUCAGCGUUGCGUCUAGAAGUUCCCAAAAAGGAACUUUUUUGUAGAGUUGCCGUUUCCAGUCAUCACGGGUUUUUUUUUUAAUAAAACGUAGAAAUCAACUAUUAAUCCCGUAUCAAAUGAAUACAAUGCGAAAUAAGUGAAUUUGAUGAAAAUGUGGUCGACAGAGAAAACAACACACGGUUUCAUUCCUCACUCAUGUAUGAGUCUGAACAUUGUGUUAUUUACAUGGAACGUCCAUAUCUAACAAAAUCAAAAUGGCGGCGCGGUGACGCCAUAGAGGCAGCUGUUUCCGCUCUCUUCUUCUUUCCUCUCUGGUUCGAUCCCCGGUCGGUUCGCUCCCACUAGCCAGACUAUCGAGCCCACCGCCAUAUAAAGGAGCUAGUUAUCUUUUUGAU